AUGGCUUUCUAACCAUGCAAAAUACUAUCCUUGAUUUCACCUAAUUAGUUUUUGAUAUAAACCUAAUAAUAGAAGACAAUAAUUGUCGGGAAUGGAAUUCCUAAUUUUUUAACAAGAAGCAAAUUAAAUAUUAAUCAAAAGGCUCUUGAUAUCUAUUUUUAAUAAUUGCAAUUAGUUAAUAAGGAAGCAUCAUACUUGACCAAAACUAAUUAAUUACAAAUAAAUGGAAAAGACUUAUUAUAAGAGAUACCUAAUGAAACUGAAAUUCAUUUAAAACUUAUUGGGAUUUAAAAUGAAGAACCAAAUUAAACCUAGAUAGUUUUAGAUUUUAUUAAAUAGUAUAGAAAUAAAACUAUUGAUGCGAUCUUAGUAUCUUCUGAAGGAAAUAUUUUAAACUUCCUAUAUAAUAAAGAUACAAUCAUAAGUUUAAUUCCUAAUGCUAUCUUUAUUGAUGGUAAUCAUUAUAAUUUAUAUAAGAAUUUGCAAUUUAAGAAUAAGGAUACUCUAAAUUAUUAUAGAAAGAGUGGCUUAAUAGAGAGUUUAGUAUAACAUUUAAAGGAACUUAAAUUAUGACUGUCAAUAAUUAAAGAAAUUAUAUUCAUUUUCCUAUUUUAAAAGCUGACUUAUAUCCUACUAGCUAAAAAAAUAAUGAACUUGGCAAUUAAUUUUAUUCUUCAUUAAUUUAAAAUGGAUUUGCAUAUAUUACUGAUUGGGGGUAAUCAUUUAAUUAAAUAUAGCAAAAUGAAUUUACCCCAAAAUUCUUUUCAAUUAUUAUUUUUAAAUUAAGAGGAGGCCAAGAAAAACAAUUUAGGACUUUGGAAAAAUGGAGAAUUGGAUAGAAAAAUGCUCAAUUCAGUUAGUUCUUAAAUUACUGGAUAAAUUGUUGAAAUAAUUGAGGCUAAUUAAUAUUUAGUGAAAACAGAUAAGGAGAUAUUGACAAUCAAAUUAGAUAGAAUUUUCAUUGAAGGAUUAGAAGCUAAAGAAUUUGCAAGAAAAUUAUUAAUAGGAAAGAAAGUUAAUAUUUUGGAAGUAGGUGAUAAUAUGCCAUUAUAAACCAUACAACUUUGUGAUAAUAAUUUAGAUAUUGAAGAAGAACUUAUAGUUAAUGGAUGGGCAACAGCUAAGGAGAAUCAUCCUUAAUUAUCAAAAUAUAAGUUUUAACAAUUUAAAUAAAUGAAUUUGCAAGCUAAAUAGAAGAAAAUAGGAUAAUAUAGUCCAGAAUUGACUUGGAGAAUUGAAGAUUAAACAGAUUAAAAAUAAGGAAAGAGUGUAAAUGAAAUAAUAUGGUCGAGUAUUCAGAGAGAUAUAUAAAGUUAAUAAUAAUCAGCAGUGAGUACUGGUAUUGCAAUAAAAGAUGAUAAUCAACUAGAAGUAUUGAUCGAUAAAAUAUUGCCUAAUGGAUAAUUUAUUAUAACUAUUUUAAAGUUUCAUACAAUGGUUAAAUUUACCAUAUAAGGUAUAGCUAAACUAUCAGAAUUUGAAACUAGUUUUCCAAAUGUUACAAAAUAUGAAGAGUAAAGAUAAUAAUUUAGUUAUUAUGUUUUAAUGUAAAGAAAUGCUUGGAUUCAUUUUGAAAGUUUUAAUAUUGAAGAGAAUAUGUUUUAUGGAAAGAUAUAUGAGAAGAAAAAUAAUAAAGAUACUGAUUUUACUUUAUAAUUACUAAAACUAGGUUUAACAUUUAUUAAAACUAAUACUGAUUUUUAUAGUAAAUAUGAGGAGGCAUAGAAAGAGGCAGAAAAACAGAAGAAAGGAUUUUGGAAUGAAUCAUAUGCUUAAUUUAUAAUAGACUAUUCAUAAAAUAAAUAAACUUUAAAAAAAUAAAAAAGUAAUUAGGGAAACAUAUAAAGAAUUGAAAAUUAAUAGAUUUAAAAAGUUAUAGUAACUGCUGUCAAUGAUUGCAAUGAGUUUUAUAUUAAAAAAGAAUCUAAUCCUGAAUUUGAAGAUCUCGAAAUUCAAAUUGAAAAUGCUUAAUUGAAUGUAAUUUUAUUUUCUUAUUUUUAUUUAGCCUCUCAAGAAACCAGUUAAGAAAGGAACUCUAUGUUUAGCAAGAUUUUCUGAAGACAAUAGAAUUUACAGAGCUUAAGUAUUAUAAGCAUUUAAGAAUGAUAAAUUUUUAAUUAAAUUUAUAGAUUAUGGAAAUAAUGAUGAAGUCAACUAUUAAGAUAUGGGUAUUUUACCAGCUUAAUUUACAAAUAUUCCUUUAUAGGCUAAAAUGUGUUCUUUAGCUUAUUUGAGAGUUCCUCCUUCAUCACAUGAAUAUGCUUAAGAGGCAUCUGAUUAAUUUAGGGAAUUACUUCUUGAUUAAUAAUUUGAUUCUAAAAUUGCAUAUAUAGAGAAAUAGUCUAAUAGAUAAUUUGUAACUCUAUAACCAUAAGAUCAGCCAGAUGAAUUAAAAUUCACAAUUAAUAAAAUUGUUUUAGAAAAAGGGUAUAAACUUAAUGUAUAAAUAAACUAGAUUAGGAAGAAUAGAUAAUAGAAUUUUGUAUAAUCCUUUAAAAGAAUUUAAAAACUUUGAAAUAGAAGCAAAAGCAAAUGGAAUUGGUAUUUGGGGAUUUGAUGAUUGUUUAGAAGAUGAAAAAUAAUUUGAAGAUGAAUAUGAUUAUUAUGAUUCAUGA